AUGGGAGGCGAGGAGAAGCGCCACCAGAUGAUGCAGAACCUGUUCGGCGACCAAUCCGAGGAGGAGGAAGAGCUCGACGUCGAUUCCGAGCACGAAUCCAAUCCCCAAUUGAAUUACCCAUCCGACGAGGGGGAGGGAAUGGGGGAGCAGGAGGGAGAGGGCGAGGUAGAGGGCCAGGGAGAGGUGGAAAUCGAGAGCGAGGGGGACGGAGAAGCUGAACACGAUCGCGAGAGCGAGGGCGAGAGGGAGCAGAGCUCACAGGAGGUGGAAGUUGGAGAAAGAGAGGAGAGUGAGGGAAGAGACUCGGAUAGUGACGCCAAAGAUGACGGUUAUAGCCAGCGUGGCGUCACGAGUAAGCGCCGGGACGAUGUCGUUGAGAGCGGAUCUGAGAGGUCGGAGGAAAAUCAUUACGCACACCACGACGAUGAGGAGGAAGAAGUUGACGAGGCUAGAAGCCCCAGUGGGUCUCCCAGAGAUGAAAAGGAGGAUGAGACUCGUGACAUGCAUUCCGCACCCGAAAUUCGCGAUGUAUUUGGUGAUUUUGAUGAUGACGAAGACGAGGAAAUGGGGUAUGCAGUACAGCAGGACAUUGAACAAGAUUCAAAUAGAUAUCCUGUGGAGGAGGAAGGAAGUUACGGAAAGAACCUGAGACCAGAAGAUAUACUUGCUGAUGAAGAUCAUCAGUAUGAAUCAGAGGAGGAAAACUUUGAGAUAAAAGCUAAAGAGAAGCCACUUGGGCCCCCUUUAGAGUUAGAAGUUCCAUUACGACCACCUCCAGCUCUUCCAGAAAAGAUGAAUAUGAUUAAAGUUUCCAAUAUUAUGGGUGUUGAUCCAAAACCAUUUGAUCCUAAAACAUAUGUGGAAGAAGAUACUUUUGUAACGGAUGAAUCUGGAGCCAGAAAGCGCAUACGAUUGGAGAAUAAUAUUGUUCGGUGGAGAACCGCUAAGAAUCCUGAUGGCACAACAUCUUAUGAAAGCAAUGCCCGCUUUGUGAGAUGGUCUGAUGGCAGCCUGCAGCUUUUAAUCGGGAAUGAAGUUCUUGACAUAUCAGUGCAGGAUGCACAGCAUGAUCAAGCACAUCUUUUCCUUAGACAUGGAAAGGGAAUCCUCCAAUCACAAGGAAGAUUAUUAAGGAAAAUGAGGUUUAUGCCAUCCUCCUUGUCAUCAAAUUCUCAUCGGCUGUUGACUGCCCUUGUUGACUCAAGGCAUAAGAAGGUUUAUAAGGUUAAAAACUGCAUUACUGACAUUGAUCCUGAGAGGGAAAAAGAGGAAAAAGAAAAGGCUGAAAGUCAAAAUAUCCGGGCUAAUGUGCUUCUUAACCGAAAACGUGAGAAAGUGAGCCGGAAGUACACUCCAACUGUGGAUAGGAGGCGUCAACUUUCUCCUGGGUUUUUAGAGGAUGCAUUGGAUGAGGAGGAUGAAGCAGAUUACUAUGAUUCUCGUCGAUCUCAGCGCCGGUUUGAGGAUGAUCUGGAAGCUGAAGCCCGAGCUGAAAAACGAAUUAUGAAUGCUAAAAAGUCACAGGGACCGAGGGAUAUCCCUCGUAAAUCUUCCUUCCCGCCUGCUAAAUCCUCUCGUAACCCAAUGGGUUACCUGGAUGAUGAGAGAGAGGAGUCUGAGUAUGAAACUGAUGAAGAGGAAGAUGAGAGGCCUCCUCCGCGCAAGAGGGAUGAGGAUACUGAGCCAGAGUAUGAGGAUGAUGAAGAAGAGGAAGAUCACUACGAAGAGGCGGAACAAGUUAAUGAUGCAUCAGAUGAGGAGGAAGAGGAGGAACCAAAGCACAAGAGUAAGGAGUUUAGAGGCAGUGCCAAAAGGAAGGGAUUUGAAUCUGAUGAAGACUCUCCUCCAAGGAAAGCAACCACCCAUCGACGAAUGGCAGUUGUGUAUGAUAGUGAUGAGGAAUGA